AUGCGCUCCAAUACUCUUUGGGUCGGCUUAGUUGCCUACUUGGCUGGUGUGGCCCCUUCACAGGCAGACAAAACCUCAACCAUCCUCAGCACGCAGUCCACGACGUCCCUAUUUUUACCCCCUCGCGACACCGGAGGAGCCUCUAUAUACGCUUCAGUUAUCACCCAGUCGGCUUCUACAACCCAGUAUUUGCUCGCCUGCCAAACAUCCUGGGCAGCACCGGCCAAUUGUAAAGGCGACUUCAAGGGCGUCACUGCUACCUAUGCACCAUCCAGUUUCGGGGCAGUCAUAGCAGGCACCACUUAUAAAUGUUCUCUUGGUAAGGACAACGCAGUGUGUGCAUCCAAGACAAAGAGUGAUGCCUCCGACAAGACGUCCACUGUUGCGUCAUCCGAGACAAGCAAAUGGUUUACUCCGGUCACACUUGUCCAGAGCACAACACAGAUAUGCAAGCGGAAGAAGAGCAAGGGGAAGGGAGGUGGAGGUGGUGACGACGACUGUUCAUCAGGGGCAGGUAUCAAAGGUCAGAAUGUGGCCGUUGGUACCAUGGCGCUUCUUCUUGGGACUUACAUAGCAAUUGCGUUGGCCCUUUAG